GUCAUCACAGGUGAUUUUAACCAUGUGUCUCUCUCAUCCACUCUUCCAACCUUCCACCAGUUUGUUACAUGCACCACCCGUGAAAAUAAGACUUUGGACCUGCUGUAUGCAAAUGUUGAGGAUGCAUACAGCUCCACUGCCCUGCCACCACUGGGCAGGUCAGACCACAACCUAGUCCUGCUCUCACCAUCAUAUAAGCCUGUUGUUCAACAGCACCCAGUCACAGUGAGGACAGUGAGGAAAUGGUCUCCUGAGGCCAUGGAAACACUGCGGGGAGCGCUGGAGGCCACGGACUGGGAUGCGCUGUAUGAACCACAUGGUGAGGACAUCGAUGGCCUGACGGACUGUGUCUCUGACUACAUUGGGUUCUGCAUUGAAAACACCAUCCCCACAAAAGAGGUUCGCUGCUACCCUAACAACAAACCGUGGGUUACCAGCAACCUGAAGAUCCUUCUUAAUGAGAAGAAGAGAGCCUUUAGAUCGGGGGAUCGUGCUGAACUCAAGCGUGUACAAAGGGAACUAAAACACAGCAUAAGGGAGAGCAGGGACAACUACAGGAGAAAACUUGAACACAAACUGGGGGACAACAACAUCAGGGACGUCUGGAGGGGGAUGAGAGAGAUCACAGGCUUUCAGAGGAGAGGUGGGGGUGCAGCUGAGUGGGACAGGCAACGUGCCAACGAGUUGAACAUGUUUUUCAAUAGGUUCAACUCCAACCCCUCCUCCACUGGCAGCCCCUCUUCUGCAUCUCAAUCUCAAUACAACAACUCCCCACCUCCCCCCACUCCCACCAACACCACCACCUGCUGGGACCCGUUCUCAUCUCCUGCCCCCAGGACUUCCUCACAGCCCCCACAGCUCUUCCCCACCUCCGACUGCAGACACCUCUUCGCACCUCUGUUGUCACCUCCACCCCCCAGCCCACUGCUUACAUCCACCUCAGAACCUGCUAUACCCCCCACCCCCCAGUCUGGACUCCACAUCACAUCCAGCCAGGUGAAGAGAGAACUGGAGAGGAAAGCCGCUGGACCGGACGGACUCAGCCCUUAUGUGCUGAAAGCAUGUUCCGGUCAGCUCUGUGGAGUUCUCCAGCACCUCUUCAACAUGAGCCUACGCCUUCAGAGAGUGCCAGUGCUCUGGAAAACAUCGUGCCUGGUCCCAGUGCCCAAAAAAGGACGUCCUACUGCACUGGAGGACUAGCCUGGACUGCUGAAGGCCAAACUGCUGGACAUGUGGGUGAGUGCUCCCCUCGUCGCCUGGGUAGACGAC